AGGAGGAGGAGGAGGAGGGCAAUCCCUGCUUUUAUUUGUCUUUCCUUUCGGCCGCAGUCGAGCAGAAAAACAAACCCGGCGCGGCGGAGCUUCGGACGAACAGCCGCGGUCUGCCUGUUCGCGGCGCGCGGAGGAGAAGACGCCAGACUCCCGAGUUUCUUCACUUUAUUAUCAGACCUCUUUGUUGUUAGAAAGAAGGGGAAGGGCUGUGCUAAGGAAAAAAAAGGCACAACAACACAAGAACAAUUGAAUCUCAAGUUCGGCGUCUGCGUGUGCGCACUUUACGCACAGACUGCGCGCACCGUGGAACUCUGAGAUGUUGGAUCACCUCGAAGCUUUAACCGAGCUGCAGCUUUUUGUUGUCUUUCUUUUCUUUCUUGGUGUCAUCGCUUCAGGACGCGCCGUGGGAUCAUGAACCUUGGCUGAAAAUAAAAGCAUAAAAACUUUUUUUUUAAAGAGAAAGGCAGGAAACCGAGAGGAGGAGGAGGGGGAGGAGGAGGGGGAGCAGCAUGGGGGCCAAACAGAGCAGCCCGGUGUUCGACGGCAGAACUCGGGCUUAUUCCAGCUCCGACCUCCCGUCGUCUGGAAACUCGGGCGCAGCGGAAAGGAUCGCGGGCUUCAGGUACACGAAUGGACCCGACGGGCCCCGGAUUCGGUACACGGGCGGCGGAGGCCCCACCAACUCCGCGCUGAGUAUCCCAGCAAACGGACGGUCGGAGUCGCACAAUCAGAGCCUGGAUGGCACAGACGGGGACGAGGGCCAGCUGGCCCCCGAGGCGCACAGACUCCUCAUAGGGUCCCUGCCGUCCCACCUGUCCCCGCGCCUGCUGGGAGGGUUCCACUGUCCCGUGUGCACUAAGUUCAUGGCAGCGGAUGAAAUGGAGAAGCACCUGCUCAUGUGUUUCAGCAAAACUCGCCUCACUUACAACAAGGACAUCCUGUCCAGAGACUCUGGGGAAUGUGCCAUCUGUUUGGACGAGCUGGAGCAGGGGGACACCAUCGCCAGGCUGCCUUGCCUCUGCAUCUACCACAAAGGGUGCAUAGAUAAAUGGUUUCAGGUGAAUCGGUCGUGUCCGGAGCAUCCUUCUGACUAGGAGCUUUAGAAGUGCCGCUUCAGUCCGCUGCUCAUCACCGCGGCUGACUGUUUCACUCAAACCUAAUCCCAACGCUGCCUGUUCCAGCAUCAGCCUUCCUCAGGGAUUCCGAGACUUUACUUUACUUUACGAUGCGCCAAUUUAUUUGUUGUUGUCAUAAUAUUUUUUUUUUUGUAUAUUGCCUCACAAACUAGUGACAGACUGUGGAUAUGUAUCUGGAUGUUAAAAGAACCACUAGUCGAGACGUGUUGUCUCCCCUGACGUCUGUGAACGCUCCGUACGCCGCCGCCUGUUGGCCUUGAAGGGACUGUGAGCCCCCUGUAGCCUGAUCCGGUCGUGGUGGACUGGGUUUGGCUUUACAGCGAGGGACUUCUUGGUCCAACAUGGUGCAAGGACAUUUAGGUGACUUCUGACUUGGUCAGAGUGUGGAUGUUGUGCAAUAUGAAAACAACCAAAUAGAAUUUGAAAACAGAGCCUAAAUCAGCUUUAAGGGAUCAUUAGCUGUGUUGAUGGUUGUCGGAGAAUAGAUCCUAAUUUUAUUCCAAAUUGGCUACUGAUGUAGUUCAUAAAACAAUCGUGUCGUAAACCAAAUUAUUUAACAUGAGGCAGUUUAAACCUGUGAAUCACAUGGCCAUCUAGCACCACAGUGAUGUGAUUGUGGCGUUCAGUAGUGAAAUGAAAGAAAAGUUGAGACCUAUCUAAUGAUUAAUACUCUCUUUAAGGAGUGCCAUAAUGUGCUGCUAUGUCAUAGACUGGAAAGUUUUUUCUUUAAUCUUUAAACCCUGUUUGUCUUGUCUUUUUUUCCUCUUGACUGUACUGUAACGAAUUGCACAACAAUAAAUGUUUUUAUCUUUG